AUUGGCUUGUGGGGCGGGCUCAACAUCUCGUCCCAACCAAUCCAUAUGCCGCAGUGGGUAGGACCCGGCCCUCAUUGGCGAGUGUCGCGUCUGCGCGCGGGUUUCGUCGCGUAGCAGCUGUUUGCGCGAGUUUUCCUUGUCCCCGCCAUGGAAUCUGGUCUAGUCCGGCGUUUAGCUUCGCGCCUGGGCAUCGCCGAGCCGGAGGUGCUGAGGAAAGCAGAGGAGUACCUGCGACUGUCUCAUGUGAAGUGUACGGGCCUGUCUGCACGAACCACAGAAACCAGCAAUGCGGUCAUGUGCCUGGACCUUGCAGCUUCCUGCACGAAGUGCCCCUUGGACAGAGCUUAUUUAAUUAAACUUUCUGGUUUGAACAAGAAGAUGUAUCAGAGCUGUCUGAAAUCUUUUGAGUGUUUACUGGGCCUGAACUCGAAUAUUGGAAUAAGUGACCUAGCUGUACAGUUUAGCUGCACAGAAGCAGUGAAUAUGGCUUCAAAGAUACUACAAAGCUAUGAGUCCAGUCUUCCACAAACACCACAAGUGGAUCUUGACUUAUCCAGGCCGCUCUUCACCACUGCUGCACUACUGACAGCGUGCAAGAUUCUAAGGCUAAAGGUGGACAAAAGUAAAAUGGCAGCCACAUCUGGUGUAAAAAAAGCCAUAUUUGACCGACUCUGUAAACAAUUAGAGAAGAUUGGGCAGCAGAUCGACAAAAAGCCUGGUGAUUCAGCUCCUCCAUCACGGAAGAAGAAAAAGACUGUGCUUGAACCUCCAGCAGAGGAAAUAGAGGCUGUAGUAGAGACCCCACAUAAACCGCAAAAUGACGACGAUCUGACACAGGAUUAUGAAGAGUGGAAAAGGAGAAUUUUGGAAAAUGCUGCCAAAGCACAAAAGGCUACCUCAGAGUGAUUUCAGCUUCCGGACUACCUGGUACUGCAAACCAACAGUGCACCUGCCGCCUCAAGGGAGAUGUGAGCACUUUGGAAUUUUGUUUGAACUAUUAUAACAAGGAUCUUAAGACUAGAUUGCUUUAAUAGCAUAGAAGCCAGCAAUGGGGCUGAGUUAUGGGCAGCAGGCCGGCCCCCUGACAUGGGCAGGAAAUUCAUUAGAUCAGCCACAGUGCCUAGUCAGCUUAGCCUUGGCUCCCCACAGGUCUGCACGCUCCUACAAAAUGGAACUGGAGCCAUUUUUCUUUUUUGUUUUCUUUUGAGCAAAAGACAAUGUCCUGUCCUACCCAGAGUAUGAAAUUCAGGCUGAAUGGAUUAUUAAAGAUUUUAUUUAAGUUUUUGUAUAAAUCUCUUGGUUUGACUAAAUCAAUAUAUGACACAACCUAAGUUAAUAAAUGUUACGUUUAUAUGCA